AUGGCAGACGAUUCCAAGGAUGUGGCCCUAGCAGAAUAUAGCAAGGCGCUGCAACAACAUGAAACGAUAUCCGAAAACCUGAAAAAUUUGAGACUUAAGUUGCGCGACAGGCAAGCCGAAUAUGACCAGACAGAGGAAGAUAUCAAGGCGCUGCAGUCUGUCGGACAGAUCAUAGGAGAGGUUUUGUGUCAACUGGACCCAGAGCGGUACAUUGUGAAGGCGUCUUCAGGACCACGAUACGUGGUAGGUGUGCGUGCGAUUGUGCCGCGUUCGAAGCUUGUGCAGGGCGUGCGUGUUUCGCUGGAUAUGACAACGUUGACCAUUAUGCGGAUUUUACCUCGCGAAGUGGAUCCGCAAGUCUACAAAAUGAGUACAGAAGAUCCAAAAGGUGCCUCGUUCGCUGGCAUUGGUGGUCUUAGUGAGCAGAUUCGUGAGCUUCGCGAGGUGAUUGAGCUGCCGCUGAUGAACCCUGAACUUUUCCAACGUGUGGGUAUCAAGACGCCAAAAGGUGUGCUGCUCUAUGGCCCACCAGGUACGGGUAAGACGCUACUUGCACGUGCAGUUGCUGCGACGCUCGAGACCAACUUCCUCAAGGUUGUGGCGAGCGCGAUUGUCGACAAGUACAUUGGUGAAAGUGCGCGUUUGGUGCGCGAGAUGUUUGCCUACGCCCGUACCAAUGAGCCAUGCAUUAUCUUUAUGGAUGAAGUGGAUGCAAUUGGUGGUCGGCGAUUUAGUGAAGGCACGAGUGCUGACCGGGAGAUUCAGCGGACGUUGAUGGAGCUGCUAAAUCAAAUGGACGGAUUUGACCAGCUGGGCAAGACGAAGGUGAUUAUGGCCACCAACCGACCCGAUACACUGGACCCGGCGCUGUUACGACCAGGGCGUAUUGACCGGAAGAUUGAGAUCCCGCUGCCGAAUGAACAGAGCCGUCUUGAGAUUCUGAAGAUCCACACGCGGCCGAUCGCCAAGCGCGAUGAGCUGGACUAUGAGGCGAUCGUCAAGCUGUCGGAUGGCUUCAAUGGGGCAGAUUUGCGAAAUGUGGCCACAGAAGCUGGUAUGUUUGCGAUCCGUGCGGACCGUGACUAUUGUAUCCAGGAAGACUUUAUGAAAGCGGCGCGCAAGCUGCAAGAGGCGAAGCGGCACGAAAGCAAGGCGGACUAUACGGUCGUCUAG